CUUAGCGUCCCGCCCUGGCGUCUGUGCCUUUAACAGCGAAGGCCGCGACGAGGAGCCCUGCCCGGUUAUUUAAAAAAUAACACACACACACCACACAUAGCAACUUUUAUGUACUGCUGUACGGAAGUGCAGGGUUUAGUUUCGUUCUCUUGACACCUCUCAGCCGAGGAGGAGCUUCCACCUUCGGGGUUGUCUUCUUCAGCCGUUGAACUGAGCGCUCUGCCCGUUCCUCGGAUUGUCUCUGAGCUGGUCCUCGGAGCUGUAAAGGAAGGAGGGGAAGCUGAAAAUCUCACCAUUCUCACGCAUACCUCUUGAAAGCCGGCCGUAGGACUGAACGGGGUAGGGAUUCUGAGCAAGAGAAAUACUACACGCUAACUUCAAAUCCAUGCAUUAUUAAUGAAGCCAUAAAUGAAGUGUUUGGAGCAUAUGUGGUGAAUCAGCUCUAACAACAACAAAUAUUUACAUACCACUUUUCAACAAAAGUUUCCAAAUUGGUUCACAUAGAGAAAUAAUCAAUCAAUCCUUAGAAUGGAUCCCUGUCCCCAAAGAGUUCACAACCUAACAAAAAGCAUGGCAAAUAAUGAAGAAGAUACAAAUGCACAGGCAGCAGAUAACCAUCUACAAAAUGGGCUUCAGAAUGAUGACAGUAGCUCUGCUUCAGAAGGGAACAGCAAUAAAAUAAACCACACAGAAAAAAGCAGUCCUGAGUUUUCUUCAGGGAAGUGGCGAUGGCGGAAAAAGGGAGAAAGUAUGAAAAAAUAUCACCUAGUUUUCCAGAGUUCCGUACUGCCUGUACAAUGUGGAACAGUGAAAGGAAGUUUAUAUAAGGACAAAUUGGCUGCAGGAUCUUCACAACGUUGCAUCGAGGAUGAUGAUGGAAAGUGGUUUACACCAUCAGAAUUUGAGAUGAAAGGGAGCUACGGAUCUUGCAAAUCCUGGAAAAGAACCAUUCGCUGUAAAGGGUUUCCUUUAGAAAAAUUAAUAGAAAAAGGAUAUCUGAAUAACCCACCACGGAUAUACCACAAGAAAGAAAAGAGAGAGAAUCCUUCAGACCCAGAAACUCAUCAGCCACCUGAGUUUCAGGCAUCAGAUGCCACAGCUGCUUUAGCAACACAGGAGCCAUCUGGGACUGCUAGGAAGAGGACCUCCGAGCCCCGAAGCUUGGCAUCCUUCUUAUCCUCUUCCUCCCUGGCUGCUUCACCUGCCGCUCCAGCUAGCCGAAGGGAGGCCACACCCUCUCCCCCACCAGUGUUAUCAUCAGAGGCUGCUCCAGUUCUGAGCAAACUGCAGUGUGAGACUCGGGUGGUACUUCGCCGUCUCUCACUUACUGAAGUUCCUUCAGCAAGCAACAACUCACCAGAGCCACCACAAGAAGGCCCAAAGUCUGUUUCCACCAGAAUAUCACCCCGAAGAUUCCAUCCAUAUGUGCGACUCCACACCCUGUCAUCCAGCAUGGGACGUGCCAUCCUGAGCGGGCAGCGCAGAAUGGAGCAGCAGUUCUUGAAAACCCUGGGGAAACUUCCAGACCUGCAGGUGAAGCUCCGUGCUAUCCAGGGCCACCUGCAUGGUCUGCGGAAGCAGCAGAAGAGUCUGCGAGUUGCCCUGAACCGCUGGAAUCGGUGUGAUAUGGUCCUGGAAUUUGAAGGGUUGCAGCGUCAAAUGGGUACCAUCAUUUCCCACCAGCAAGUGCUGCUGACAUCAAUGCUUCAGAUUCUGGGAGCACUGGGUUUCUGCCCUGAGAGACUGUGCUCUCCCGCGACUGUUCAUUAAUAAUCACUGCUUCCUAUUUUUCUAAGCAUUGAGAAAUUCCUGGCAUUCAGCUGGUUUCUGGCUUCCCUUGGAUAAUAAAUUACUAGAGGCCUA